AUGCAAGACCUGCAGGUGAUUGGCCCGGUAUUGCCUCGAACCCCUUCCAACUUCGUCAGAAUCCGUCGGGUCAAGUGCGGAGAGAAGAGACCAUCGUGCACACGAUAUACAGGCGGGGGCCGAAACUGCGAGUACGAUCACGCCCCGUUCAUCGCUCUACAGAAUUUAUUGACGACAUCCUCACCUGUUCAGGGCGCCGCCCUUGAAUACUGCUUCUACCACGCCGCCCAAGUGCUAUCCGAUCCGCGCGAUUUCGGCUUCUGGCGUAGAUCAGCCGCGCCGAUCCCUGCCGUCUGGGAUGCAAUUGUCGCGUUGAGCACAAUGUAUGAGUCGCCCAAUGUGCUGUCCAGGUUGUAUGAUGCGUCCUCUGUGCGGUCCAGUGACUUGUCCUCGUACUUUUUCUCUGUUACAGUGCCAACUCAACGUCGACGGCAGGACUUGGCAUGA